CAGCGAUUGUUGUAGUGGGAGAGGUAGAAUCUCGAUCUUUCAAUUUUUCUCUCAAGCUCCCCCUCUCCCUUUGUCAUUCUAGUUGCCUGCUGCCUCCGCAGCUUCCCUCUCGCUUUCUCUGCGUUAACUGCCAGCGUUAGACAGACACACAGGGUGCGCAAAGCAGAGGAUUAUUUGGGACCCGCCUUGGUGACUCCAUGGCGUCCCCCAGAACCGUAACUGUCGUGGCCCUCUCAGUGGCCCUGGGACUCUUCUUUGUUUUUAUGGGGACUAUCAAGUUGACCCCAAGGCUCAGCAAGGAUGCCUACAAUGAGAUGAAACGUGCUUACAAGACCUAUGUCCGAGCCCUUCCUCUGCUGAAGAAAAUGGGGAUCAAUUCCAUUCUCCUCCGUAAAAGCAUUGGUGCUCUUGAGGUGGCCUGUGGCAUUGUCAUGACCCUUGUGCCUGGACGUCCCAAAGAUGUGGCCAACUUCUUCCUGCUCUUGCUGGUGUUGGUUGUGCUCUUCUUCCACCAGCUAGUCGGUGAUCCUCUCAAACGUUAUGCCCAUGCCCUGGUGUUUGGAAUCCUGCUCACCUGCCGCCUGCUGAUUGCCCGCAAGCCUGAAGACCGCUCUUCUGAGAAGAAGCCCUCACCCCUUGGAAGCAUGGGAAAUGCAGGGAAAGCUGAGGAGCAGCCCUCCUUAUAUGAGAAGGCCCCUCAGGGAAAAAUGAAGUUGUCAUAGGAAA